AUGUUUGUGAUUUGGAGAGCGGCCAUUGUCGGCCUGUUGGUUGGGACAUAUUCAUGUCUUGGUGAACCUGAGUGCGAAGCAGCAGAUGAGAUGGCGCAUCUUCAAUACCAGAAAACCCAAGAUGUUCAGGGGCCCUUCUGUCCUCUGAGUGUCCUGAACUCUGGGGAUUGUAUUGGAGACGGCGCAUGCCUGCGCUGUGAGCCUUCAGCAGACGGGAUGAAGAUCCCGACGAACGACAGCAACGGCUUUCCCAGCGGGUUUCUCUACUGUUUCAACGACCCGCCCCCGAUCAACGAGGCUGCAACCUGCACCAUCGAACGGAACAACAUCAAUUCCUACUCUUUCCAGAAUCCGAAUAAUUACUUAAACUGUACGGGACCCUCCGCCUGCUUCGGCUUCCGACUCAGAGACUUCUCGGCUUUGUGUUGCGAUGGGAACCAAGCGUGCCGGAACGAUGACCGCCUUGUUUUACCCAACGAGUUCCGCCUCGUCAAGGGGAAUCCGAACUGUGACCAGGACGUUUGUUGCCGAGGCAUCAGAUCCUGCAGUAAUGGAGCCAUCAUCUCCGGAGCCCGCUCAGCAGCUUGUCGCAGUUUCAAUGCCUGCGAAGAGGCCAACAUGUUUCUCUCCAAGGACUUGUUCUGUUCCCGCCCCGUCGCAUGUCGGCGAGGCAACUUCAGCUUUUCCGGAGGUGGGUCUCACUGCGUCCAAUGCCUCGAUGCCGGUAGUCCCAUAGAACCCUUCGCACAGCCCUGCGAAGAGAGCCAGAUGUCCUUCAAUGCUGGCAACGCAGAGCUGCAAUGUGCUCGAAACACUUGCAACAACUCGGUGAUUUCAUUGACUGGAUCAGCAUGUGUCCACAUCCGGUGCGAAGACAGUAUUAGUUGUGGCAGCAUGGCCGUCAAUGAUGACGAUUCAAGUAGCAACUCCUGCUUCUGCAGUGGUCCUGGAUGCAGCAAUUUGGUGGGGACCUUGACUUGCAACGAACCGUCGACGGCGUCCCCAUGUGGCGAGAACAUCUGCAAGAGCGAUGGAACUCCAUCGGCUUUCUGCGACCGAGGCUUGGCCGAUCCGCCUGAUUGCUCCUCGUGCGCCACGGGGGGUGGCAUGCAUGGCGAUCCACACAUCUCCACUUUGGAUGGACGCAGUUAUACGGUGCGAGCUCAAGGGAACUUUCUACUCUGGGGCUUUUCCGGUUUGGAUGCCGAAAUUCAGUCAGAGAAGGGCCUCAUGAAAAAAGUUCCACUGGAUUUCCGAAUCUAUGCCAACUACGCAGGCCAAAAGUCUUGGGCAAAGGGAAUUCUCUUGGUUGACCACUCCGGAGUCACAGAGCCGCGCAAGGCUUUGGAGUUCACGUCCCAGGACUGCGCCUGGAAGACCAAAACGGGGCUUGACAGCUGGCAAACUUUGAAAUUGAAGAAGGAUGAUGCCGGCUUCCUCCAGAAUCUAGUGGAUGCUGACGGUGCCAUCUUUGGUGCUUUCAAGGUGACGAAGUCUGCGAAAGGAGCUCCAGGCGCCUUCCUGCACAGCGUGCAGCUGUUUAUGGGCACACAAAGCGGAUUGACAGAAAUUGCGCAGCUAUGGGUAACAUGCAGGGCAGGUACUCGCCUCGCAGCCAAGCUGAAAAUGUCCAGUGUGGUGCAGAAUCGCUUUGUCACGGGAGAACUUGCUCUUAGCGGCCACUCUUCUCUCGUGACAGGUUCCACGAAACGCAGAGGAGUGAGCCUCGCGACGUCAGACAUGGAGUUUGCAGAGCACUCAGGCUGGAGGAAUCUGGGUGGGAGUGAGACAGCCGCAACCUACUUGGCAUCGAUGCAAGAAGUUGCGCACCUGAGUUUGCUAGCUGUGAAUCGCUGCGCCGCCGAAGAGAGAACCGAAGCUGUGAAGAUGUGCCAAAAACACUUAGCCAAAUCAGGAAAUACCGCAGCACAAGAGAAUUUCUUAGCUGACUGUGCCUUCGACAUUUGUGGCGAUGGCGGCGAAGCUGCCGCCCAGCUUGCAGCAGAUCUGCUCAACUUUGGAGAGUGA